AAACUUUUUUGUUAUCGCAACUCUUAUCGCCAAGCCGCACUUGCUGGCCGGCAGCACAUUCACAAAGCGACAGUCGAAGUGCGAAAGAACAAGCACCAGCCAGCCAGCCAAGCCCAAUCGAUACUACACACUCAGCCACCAAUCCCGAUCGUAAGAGAAGCAAAGAACAAAACCCAGAAAGAAUCAAGAAGCAAUGGGUCGUGAUCUCCAGAAGCGCAAGCGCCGCUCCUCCCGGGCCGCCGUCCGGCAACCUUCGAGCAAGUCGAAGCGCCUCAUGUUCCCGCUGGGCAACAGCAUUGUCGCGCAGAACUGGGACAAGAAACAAACCGCCUCGCAAAACUACCGCCGCCUCGGCCUCGUGAACCGCCUCAAGGCGCCCACGGGAGGGUCCGAGCCCGACCGCAAGACCAAGCAGUCCGGCCUGGUGUCCGAGUCCACAGCCGUCUUGACCAGCAGAAGCACGCCACUGAACAGCGCCGCCGCCUCCUCCUCAAAAGCGUCAAAAUCCGCGGACCCUUUCUCGAUCGCCCUCGCCACGGACGCCGUGGUCAGCGAGGUGCGCGUCGAGCGCGACGAGAACGGCAAGAUCAUCCGGAUCCUGGACGACACUACCUCUGGCAGCAGCAAGAGCAAGAAGAACAAGACGAAGCCGAACCCGCUAAACGACCCGCUCAACGCAUUUGACUCAGACGACGACGAAGAAGGGGAGGAGGACGAGGUCGACGGGGAGGAGUGGGGCGGCAUCGAGGAGCAGGAGGAGGCCGAGCUGCCCGAGGGCAACAUCAUCAAGCAGCUCGAGGAGGAGGCGAACCGGCCGCAGAUCAAGGUCCCGCGGGGCCAGAGCGCGCGCGAGCGCGAGUGGCUCGAGGACCUGGUCGCCAAGCACGGGAGCAACCUCGCCGCCAUGGCGCGGGACCGCAAGCUCAACCCGAUGCAGCAGACCGCGGCGGAUAUCGGGCGGCGGCUGAAGAAGUUACGCAAGGAGGGCGUUAGUAUCUGAGCUGAAGUCGAUUGGAU